CUGGUCAUAUGAUCAUCGCAAUCAGGAUGAGCUGUUGGAAAGGAGUCGGGACGAUGGGGUUUCACGUAGCUUUGGUGUUUUUCCUUGGGGGAGCGGUGCUGGGGGGAUCUGCGGUCAGAUGCGGCUAUCAGUCCUGCCCAGUGACGAAACCUGACAUGCUCAAUGUUCACCUUAUCCCUCACACGCAUGACGAUGUGGGUUGGCUGAAGACAGUGGACCAGUACUUCUUUGGAGUACGCAAUGACAUCCAACAUGCCGGGGUGCAGUACAUCCUUGACUCUGUCAUUCCUCAACUGCUGGCUGACCCCAGCAAGCGGUUCAUCUAUGUGGAAGUGGUAUUCUUUGCUCGCUGGUGGGGGCUGCAAACGGAAGCCAUGCGCCAGGCUGUGCGGCAGCUGGUUGCAGAAGGCCGCCUGGAGUUCGUGAACGGUGGUUGGUGCAUGAACGAUGAGGCAUCAGUGCAUUACAGUGCUGUCAUUGAUCAGAUGAGUCUCGGGCUCCAGUUCCUGAAAGAGACGUUUGGAGAAUGUGCCCGACCCCGCGUAGCCUGGCACAUUGAUCCUUUUGGGCACAGUCGGGAGCAGGCUUCUCUCUUUGCUCAGAUGGGCUAUGAUGGUUUCUUCUUGGGCCGUAUUGAUUACCAGGAUAAAUCCCACCGGGAGUCACUGCGUGAAAUGGAGCAGUUGUGGCGUGCAAGCAGAAACUUGGAUCCACCUGCGGCUGAUCUCUUCACUGGUAUCCUGCCAAAUGGUUAUAACCCCCCUAUGUCUCUCUGCUGGGAUCAGAUCUGCUCCGACAAUCCUAUCGUGGACGAUGACAGUGAUGAGAACAAUGUGGAAAAUAUAGUGGCCUAUUUUCUGGGAACUGCAGCUGUCCAGGCCAAACACUAUCGCACAAACCAUAUUGUCAUGACAAUGGGAUCUGAUUUCCAGUAUGAGAACGCCCUGCUGUGGUACAAGAACAUGGACAAGUUGAUCUAUCAUGUUAAUGCACAGCAACUGAAGGGCAGCCAUGUCAAUGUAUUCUACUCAACUCCAAGCUGCUAUCUUUGGGAGCUGAACAAAGCCAACAUGACAUGGUCUAUAAAAUAUGAUGACUUCUUCCCAUAUGCCGAUGGUCCCCAUCAGUUCUGGACAGGCUACUUCACCAGCCGACCAGCUUUUAAACGCUACGAACGCCUCAGUAACAACUUCCUUCAAAUCUGCAACCAGUUGGAAGUGCUAGUUGGCACAAAAGCAAAUUUCGGGCCUUACGGCAACGCUAAUAGUUCUGUGCUGCGCCAAGCUAUGGCAGUCGCUCAGCAUCAUGAUGCAGUGAGUGGCACAGCAAAGCAGCAUGUGACCAAUGACUAUGCCAAACAGUUGUCUAUUGGUUGGGAUACCUGCCAGAUUGUGAUGAACAAUGCCCUUGCCAAUCUUCUUGGCAGCACAGAAAACUUCAUCUAUUGCACCUACCUCAACAUCAGUGCCUGCCCAUUAACCGAAGCUACCCCAGCUUUCAGAGUGAUCAUCUAUAACCCUCUGGCCCGUUCUGUGGAUUGGAAUGUCCGACUGCCUGUAAACGGAAACCAUUAUUCGGUUGUAGCUCCUGACGGUCAGAAUAUUUUGAAUGAGCUUAUCCCUGUAUCAAGUUUCACCCGUGCCGUGCGGCAUAACCGAGGCAAUGCCAUCAAUGAACUGGUAUUCCAGGCAUCUCUCCCACCAUUAGGCUACAGAACCUAUUCCAUUUCCCGGUUGUCUGGCAGGGAUUCAGCACGUCCCAGGCUGCUGAAAAGACUGCGUCCUCAGCAGGCUGGAGCCCAUUUUACACCGUUGAUUGAGAAUGAGCAUCUGCAAGUUCUAUUUGACCCCAACACAGGACUGAUGAAGGAGAUCCGAAAUUUGGACAAGAACAUCUCCCUACCACUUUUCCAAAGCUUCCUCUGGUAUAAUGCCAGUGUUGGAGAUGCAUCAUAUUCACAGGCGUCUGGAGCCUAUAUCUUCCGUCCUGACACCUCCAAGGCUUUCCCCAUUGCCCAGAAAGUUGGUGUAUAUCAAAUAAAGACUCAAGUGGUGCAAGAGCUGUAUCAGAACUUCUCUAAUUGGUGUUCCCAAGUGGUGCGCCUCUAUGCUGGGCAGCCAUAUGUUGAACUGGAAUGGACAGUGGGACCCAUUCCUAUACAGGAUCAGUAUGGCAAGGAGAUAAUCAGCCGCUUUGAGACAAAUCUGCAGACUGGAGGCCAUUUUUACACAGACUCCAAUGGGCGUGAGAUCCUGGAGAGAAGGCGUGAUUACAGGGCCACAUGGAAUCUGAGCCAGACGGAGCCAGUGGCAGGCAACUACUACCCUGUGAAUACUCGUAUCUACAUCAAGGACCAAAAGACCCAGCUAACAGUGCUGACAGAUCGCUCACAGGGUGGCAGUAGCCUUGCUGACGGCUCUCUUGAACUUAUGGUACACCGAAGGCUGCUACAUGAUGACAACCGGGGUGUACAAGAGCCAUUACUGGAAUUUGGUGAAUAUCACAAUGGACUAGUGGUGCGAGGUCGUCACCUUGUAUUCUUAGACACAGUGGAAUCAUCAGCCGAGAAGCACCGUCUGUGGGCCCAGCAAGAGUACAUGGCGCCACAGGUGGUGCUGACACCAGAUAGUCAUGACAUUGUCAAAGAGUUCUCUGCUCUCCGGCAUGCCCUUCCUUUGAAUGUACACUUGCUGACAUUGGCCCAGUGGGAGCCUGAUGCUGUUCUCAUCCGUCUAGAGCACCAGUUUGAAUAUGGGGAGGCAGUCAAUGGUUCCUUGCCUGUUGCCAUUAACUUGCUGAAUUUGUUCUCUUCCUUCAACAUCGUCUCUGUGCAAGAGGUGAACUUGUCGGCAAACCAGAAGCGGGAGAAUGUGAGCAGACUCACCUGGCAAUCAACUCAAGGGAUGGCAGCGGAACGACGAUCAGGGACUGGCCUAGACCCAGCACACAUUGAAUUAUUUCCCAUGCAGAUCCGAACCUUCCUGGUACAGAUCAGGUACUAAGGCAGGCCAAGGCAAGAGAUGUAAGGAAGAAUUUAGCCUGCCUUUUGGUCCGAGAAGUAUUGUCUCAAGGAACAGCAGGACACUGGAGCCUUCCCCCCUCCCCUUCCCCCAGGAACCUGCACAAGAGAGAGGAAGUGGUUCCUCUCUAAGCAGGCAUUGUCUUGUUCUGCGAACAGAGGAUGCCCUUCAGCUGCUUUUAAUGCCAGAUGGUAUGGGUAGUAGGACUAUCUUCAGAAAUUGUCCUGAUUUUUUUUUUACAAAUGAAAAACGAGAUCACUGUUAAAAGACCACACCGGUCCAGCCUUCAUGUCCUCAAAGCACAUCCAUAAGAAACAAGAAUUGACCGUCCUUACAGAGGGUUUUGAAAGUGCUACAAUAUUUGGGCUGCCUUAAGUACUAUCAUCUUUCUAAUAAAUCUCUUAAAUACAUAUAA